CUCUCCCUGCAGGCCUGCCCGGGGUCCUGCCGCUCCCGGCUUUCCUGGGAAUCUCCGUUCCUUCCCGGGAACGGGGAGCGGCAGCCGCUGUCGGCCGGAGCCCGCGGCUACGUGAUGAGCCACUUCCGAUGGAACCGCUUCGGCCGCCAGAACAGCAGCGAGCCCGGCGCCCGGAAACGGGAAUUCCAUCCCGGAAUCCUUCCCGCCUUUUCCCGGAUCUGGGAAGAGGCGGGAAGGGACGGGAAGCGCUCGUAUUCCAUGGAGCACUUCCGAUGGGGAAAACCCGUGGGGCGCAAGAGGAGGCCGGUCAAGGUCUACCCCAACGGAGCCCAGGAGGAGUGGGAGGAGAAUUCCCAGCCGGAAUUCCGGCGGGAAGAGCCCUGGGGGGAAGGGGAAGGGGAAGGGGAAGGGGAAGGGGAAGGAGGUUGGGAAUUCCCGUGGGAUUCCCGGAAGGAAAAGCGUUACGGGGGAUUCAUGAGCUCGGAGCGGAUGCGGAGGCCGCUGGUGACGCUCUUCAAGAACGCCAUCGGGAAAAGCUUCUCCAAGGAUGGGCAGUGAUGGGAAAAAAAAAACCGGGAAAAUCCCAUGGGAAAAACCGGGAAAAACCGGGGAAAACCCACGGGGAAAAGCGGGAAAAUCCCGCGGGAAAAUCCCGCCCCUCCCCCCACCCCGUAGCGUCCCCUUAGCGCUUCGUCCUUGGGAAUAAAGGAAGGAAUCCCGGGAUUCCGGCUUGGGAAUUCCGGGAUGGAUCCCCCCCUCCCCCUCCCCGGGUGGGAAUUCUUGGGAAUUCCUGGGAAAUGCUGGAAAGGAGGGAUGGAAAAAAUUCCCGAAGAAAAUAAAAGAAAAU